CGGCGACUCAGCCCCACAUGGCAGCCUGUUGAAGUGUUGACUGCACUCGCUAAGGGUCACCAUGGCCAGGCAGUGGUCGGAGGGCCACUCCACAUCCAUCCUGUGUGUUGGAGCCUCUCUGGGCCCUGAGGGUCUCCUGGCAUCAGGCUCUGAGGGUGGAGAGGUGACGGUUUGGAGCCAAGAAGGAACCAUCAUAGGCAGACUCACCCUUCCUGGUGAAGAGGACAGCACAAGUGUUGUGUUUUCACCUGUAGCUCCGGGCCAGCUGUAUGUGUCACAUGGAGACACAGUGAGUCUACUCGACCCCAGGAACCUGAAGGGCCCUGUGGAGCAGUUUCACGGUGCAGGGGAGGAGGAGAUCAAUGCUUUGGCACUGAAUGAGACAGGUUCAGCUCUGGCGGUGGCUGAUGACUCUGGGGCUGUGCGGGUACUGGAGCUUCCUGGGGGAAAAGUGUGCAGGACUCUUUGCAGACACACUAACAUCUGCUCGUCUGUGGCCUUCAGGCCUCACAGACCCAACAACCUACUGUCUGCUGGACUGGACAUGCAGGUGAUGCUGUGGGGUCUGCAGAAGACUCGCCCGCUUUGGAUGCUGAACCUCCAGGACAUUUCAGAGGAUGAAGACGACCACCAGCAGCGUCCUGGUCAGCUUUUCAACCCGCCACUGGCUCACUGUCUUUCUGUGGCGAGUUGUGGAAACAUUUUGGGCUGUGCAGCAGAGGACGGGCGGGUGCAUCUGAUGCGGAUCGGCUCUGGCUCUAAACUGGAACAGCAAGGAGCCGUCAAAGCCCACAGUCAGGGAGCCUCACAAGCCCACUUUGUUAGUUUCCUUUCCCACCCAUACUGGCUCGUCACUGGGGGGAACGACGGUCAGGUUGCCCUGUGGGACCUCAGUAAGCACCCAGUGGUGGCUCCAGAGGGAAAAGCCAAGCAGAGAGUGACAGCAGCCCAACGAAGGAAGGGUAAGAGCAAGACAAAGAGGAAAGAACAGUCCCAGGAUAAAGCAAAAACCCCAACGAAGGCUGAAACAGAGAAAGAAGAAGCUGAAGUGGAGGAUGAAGCAGCAUCAGCAGCAGCUGCUGCUGAAGAGGACGUGACAGAGGACAAGUCCGGGCCCAAACUGAGCAUCAGUCACGGGGACAAGGUGAACUGGCUGUGCCCUGCUGUGCUGAAAGGAGAACACUGUGUGGUAGUAGCUGAUCAGAGCUGCAGUCUGACUGUCUACCCUCUGCCUCACUUAUAGAGUCAUGUACUUCACAACACGUUCUUUAAUCUUUCAUUUUGGUCAUAACAGUACAUUAGUUUUGGUUUUAAUGCAUUUUUUGAAAUUCUUCAGAGACUACAAUCCCAUGCUUGUUGCUGUAACUGGCAGCACUGUUUUUACUGAUUUCUGGGGAUGUAUUCAAAAAUGAUCCCUAAGGAUAAAAUUAGCUCCUAACUGGCUCAAUUAGUGCAGUGCCUGUUCCACAUGAAAAUGUAGUCAACAUAAUCACAGUCUGUCUGCCGCUGCACGUAAUGAGCCUCAUCGUGUCAGCUUUGGAAAAACAGAACAAUAAUGAAAAGCAUAUUUUGGUG